AUGUCGGGUGGUCGGAGGAUUUUCUUUCACUUUCUUCUUCUAUGUAUGUUUCGUGAUGUGUGCGCUGUGGAAUGCUACACUGGUGAUUUCAACACAAAUCUGAAAAUGGAGAACGUGUCGGAAAAAGUCUGUGCGAUGUUCAUUUUUUUGCCCUGCAACGCUGAACUAAAAGGCUACUUCGACUAUGCUGAAUAUGAUAUCACAAAAUUAGAUUCAUUAUGUGCUCCAACACCGUCUAUAUUUUCAUGUUAUUGCAAUACUGAUUUGUGCAACAGAAAUUUUUCUGCGUUUCUUGAAAUUUGGCAGGCGUCACCUGAUUACAAACCUGAAAGUUCAUUUUCCACAUGUCUUCGAAAAGCUUCUUCAGAGCUGAGAAAAGGCAUAGAAGGAGAUGAGAACGAAGGAUCAGAUGAACGUACAACUGAGGAAGUAUUGGUCCCGGUGUCUGGAAAUCCAGAAAUAGCUGAAGUACAUCAGAAGGAUUCAGAAGAAGAAGAAGAAGAUUAUGAAAUUGGACGAAAAGCUAAAAAUUUGGGACAAAUUCCUGAGGUGUAUUGUUCAUGUUUCCUAAUUUUUUACGUUAACAUGGCUCGCUUACGAUAUUUCUGA